ACACUCUAAACGUGGGUUUUUAGUGGCGGUGACCACCCAAAACAGAGCCAUUUUUAGACAUUUACUGCUGACGUUUACAGAGGCUUCAAAUAGCUUCCGUUUUACUCUGGUAGUGAUUGGGCUGUCCCGUGCUAGAGGGAGCUAACGCAUUGGCUCACCAAGUCAGACAUUCUUCAUUUCAAUGGAGGAACAGCCCAAAGAUCGGGCACAAGACAGGCAAUAUCACCACCACGGGGAGGACAGGAACACCGCUCAACACGCAACUUAUCUGAAACAUGAUCAGAGCCACUUCCAGUGCCAGCAUAAGGAAACGCAGACGAAGAAAACAGGCAAUAAAAAAGUAAUCAGUAACGAGGAGGGAGACAAGAAUCCACACCUGUCUGAGGCCGCGGGCGUGUUGCUUCCCUCCAGCAGCAAUGGUAACAGACACCUGAGUAACGCACAUGUGAAGCCGCGGGGGGCGCAGAAGCUCUACACGCCUGUUCCCAAAGCGAGCAGCAAAGGACCGGACAACAAGAAGAACAUGGACCUUAAAAAUGACAAGGAAAAGGCCCUGGAUUCGAGUCAUCACGAGCUCCCGCCAUCGGAUAAGAAGGACUGCGCGCCGCUUCAGAAUGGCGUUGUAAACUGUGGCCUGAUUACAAACGGUUAUUCUAGCAAAGACAAUGACGGCAGCGGCUCUGAAGGCGGAUAUACUACCCCGAAGAAACGGAAGACCCGAUGUAAUAACGCCAAGAACACGGAUAUUGUGACUAAGGAAAAGGAGAAAGACUUGACGCCGGGCAACACUACGCAAGAACUGGGGGGGUCGAGUCUUGAAACGGCCGAGAAAGGAAUGACCUCCAGAGCCGAGGGCCACAGAUCCUCCCAUAAGCCAGAAGCUCAACCGGCUGAAUCCCAGAGGAAAAACUCUGACGGCAAAACGGCCGGCACCUUCGGUAAAAAAUCCGAGGAGAGGCACAAAGGCAAGCUUUCCUCGCCGUCGAAAGAGGACUCGUGGACUUUGUUCAAGCCCCCUCCAGUAUUUCCCGUGGACAAUAGCAGUGCUAAAAUCGUUCCCAAGAUCAGUUAUGCAAGUAAAGUUAAAGAGAACCUCAAUAAAGUAGCUCAAGGCGGAGCGGAGGCCGCACCCCCCCCGGUGAGACUGUCCCAGGUUCCCAUGUCUGCUAUGAAAACUAUCACCUCAGCUAGCUUUACUAACGGUCCUGUUUCUGGAAAUGGAAACGGCUGCCCAUCCGUGGGCACCUUCUUCGCUCCUGCUGCUAGUAGUAUUCAAUCAGCCCCGUCUGGCCCAAGUGGCGAGAAUGUAGCAUCUUCUUUGGAAAGUAACUGUAGCUCCACGACGAGUCCCGUAGACGGAGAGGCCUACGAGCUUAGGAAUGGGGGCUCUCCUUCAUCAACGAGCCCAACCUGGGCGUGGAGGGGGGGGGCCGGACAGGCGGAGGACCGGGCCCCCCCGCCCGCCCAGCCCUGCUCUGACGUGAGCCCCACAUUCUUAGAACCCGGCACUUUGUCUCAAGACCCAGAAAAAAGGACUUGUGCCCCUUGCCAAGUGUCCAAUGCGUGUUCUCCUGCUUGUGUGACCAGUGAGGAGGGGUCCAAGUCGCACCCGUGCGGCCAGGAAAAGACUAAAGUUGAACCCAAGGCCGGAGGCUCCUCCCUGGUGGCCCCCGGUAGGGACGGCGGUGCUAAGCCUGCACAGGCCCAGCUCACCACGCUGUUUUUUGGCGCCUCUAAAGAACCGGCCCUCUCUAAAGACAUUGGCAGGAGGUGUAGCUGGGGCCCCUCGGACAUUAAAGCUGCUGUCACCUAUCACACUAAAGAUCCCAAAAGAGUAGUGAUUUAUGACGAGACCAAGGACGGACCUGAUCAGUGA